AUGUCGGGUACCACUCAUGACCCUCGCCUUCUCUACAGCGUCAACAACAUAACUGCUUUCCAUAUCCAGAAUGGCGAAGAAACCGAGCUCACUCCAUCGGGGCCUCAAACCCUUUCCCUUCUAAUGGUUCCGACAAGUGCUUCUACACCUCAAAGCUCUCACGAUGCACCAGCAGAAGAAGAUUUCUAUCUUCAUCUUAAUCUCCCUCCAGAGCUAGAUCUGGCACUUCCCGCCUCUACACAGAUCUAUCACCAGCCGCCAAACAGCUAUUUGAUCCCCCGCUGGGAUUUGGGUCCAGAUGCAGGCGCGUUCAUUCGCAUACAAUUUCCGGCUAUUGGGAGCGGCCCUGAUAAGGUAUCUCAGGAAGAUGUGGAUACUUUUGAGACCAUUCUAGCACAAUGUACCGCAUUUCUGGAGCGUGCAGCCCCACCGAAAGAACAUGCUCCGUACAACCCAGCAGACUUUGCGCCAGGUGCAGGUUAUGUCUCGUCUACGAGCCCUGAUCAGAAGGACCCUCAUGGACGGAUAGUGCUCGUUGAUGAAGAAGAUGGCAGUGUUGUUGGUGAAAUGGAAGGGUAUGAUGUGGUUGAGAAACCUGGCGUGAAGCCCGGCUCUAAGAGGCCUGUGGAGGUAGAACUUCCUACAGAAGGUGAAGGUAACAAAGUCAGCGUCAGCAACGUGUCUGAGGAAUACUUGCAGAUGGCCCGGCACCCUGCGUAUAAGGACUCAACAUUGGUCCAAACUUCUGCUACUGCCUCUCGUCUGAUCGUGACUGGUUCUUCAUAUGUUGCCAAUCUGAUGACCAGUGGGGCGGAAACCUUUACUAAGAAGACCAAACCUAACCCGAAGCCAAUGACGUUCUCUGAGGCUACUCACUCAAGGGUUCGUAAGGUUGGAAAUCUCACGCAUGGUGCCGCUGGCAUCUCAGCCAAGACUGUCGGCCAGGUCGGUAAGGUUGCACAGAACUUCGGUGCUUCAUUAACCCGUCGCAACCCGGACGCAAAGCGCAAGGGCGACAAGGCAGUGAACGGCGACUACAAGCCGGGCAUACUAAACAAAUCAAUGAUCGCAUUCUCGACACUGGCGGAUGGUAUUGAGCAGAGUGCCCGCACCGUACUAACCCAUGGCUCUGCUGCUGCCAGUACGAUGAUCGGACAUCGGUAUGGAGCUGAGGCUGGCGCUGUGGCGAGCGAUUUGACUGGGGGCGUGAAAAAUGUGGGACUAGUCUACAUCGAUGCCACAGGGGUCAGCCGUAAGGCAGUCCUCAAAUCCGUAGCUAAGGGUAUGGUUGUCGGGCGCAUGCGCAACGGACAACAAGUUCUGGUCGGUAGUGGUGAUGGCGGUGAUGUUCCCCCGGCUGCAGGAGGCCGGAGCAAUAUCACCUCAGGGUCAGGUGGACGUGGUUCCGUUGCAAGACGUCCAUCUCCGACCCCUACACCACCGCCCGCCUAUGGUGCGCCGAACACAACGUCGCUCGGAGGAAUAAGCAUGUCAGGGGGAAAGCAUUAA